AUGUGUCGCAAGCCCAGCCAGGCCGUCCGUGGAUAUCAUGCUUCAUACCCUGAAAGGACGAGGGAAGUGGAGGGGGUUGUGGCCCUAUCCACCGAGACAAUGUGUUUGCGCCGCGCAAUAUGUUGUGUCGCAAAGCCCGCCGACAAGUUCGCAAAGCCCGCCGACAAGUCGCAAUAUGUUCAGAGACCUUCGGAGGCCUGA